AUCAAUUGAAAAUGUCCAUUAGUAUCAGGCACCAAUCAAUUUAAAUUGGGUGAUUUGGGCUAAGUGAGGCUCCUGGAGUGCAUUGUUUGGAAUUUGAUGCGAUAGGGAUGAUGGUGAGUGUGAGAUGUUGGAGCAACUUGGCAGUAGCAGUAGAUCAAAAAGUGAUUUCAGUGAAGAUUAAGUAGCCGAUUUAUUGAAUGACAGGUGAGUAUCUUUUCUGGCAUGCCUAUAUAAGCUGUCAGUGAAGAUGAGUGUAGCUUUCUUGUGUCAAAAUUUAUUUCUUGCAUUAGAGACUGCCAUUUUUCCCCAUCAAAACGACAGCAGCUCUGUGAAAUCUCAACAGUCAAAUUAUCUCCUUAUUCCCAUCAUCUUUUUCACAUGCCCAUUGGUUUCCUGCUAAUCCUCCUGCCGUCAACUGCACAUAGGGUAAUUUACAGAUCCUUGUACCUGUCCAAGUGUCUUCUAAAUGGUAUUGUUCCUGCCUCAACUACCUCCUCAUUUCAGAUAGCCGCCACUCUUUGUGAAUAAUAAUUGAUUAUUUCGCAUAAAAGGCACAGGAAAUAAACCAACGGUCACUCAAUUAACGCUGAGGAGAAAUUAUGACAUUUUUCUGGGAGUAGCAAGUCAUUGGAACUCUUCAUUUUCCAAAAGAUGAAGAGAAUAUCUUCCAAAAGAUAUCGGGAAUUAUGGUGUUGACGAUACAAUCGGACUAGCCACGAUCUUAUUUUUUAACCUGUAUCCUAUUUCUGUUCCAAAUUUGGAUACCCAAAACGACUGUAAUUCAGCCUUAAUAUUACAUAAUUGCCAAGCGCGGAAAAGUAACUUUGCAACUUUACAGCGGAAAAGUAGCUACAAAGUGACGUGACAUGACACGUUGACAUCAGUUUCGAGACGCAUCGUAGAAACCGGCCCAUCGGCUCACCCAGUCCACGCCGAGGGACAAUUUACAGAAACCAAUUAACCUACAAACCUGCACGCCCUUGGGCUGUGGAACGAAACUGGAGCACCCGGAGAAAACUCAAGCAGUCGCAGAACGAUAAUGUAUACAUUUACCCCCAACAUAACAAUAACGAGAACUGAUACUACUGUUGAAAACCCUUACGUAAACUAUUAUCUAUAACUAAAAUUAAAAUUCGGUAAAGGGGAAACAAUUCUUUUGAGUUCCCUUUAAAGAUAAAAGCUUGAUUCGAGUGUGUAGGAAGGAAAUGCAAAUGUUAGUUUAAGCCGAAGAUAGACACAACAUUCUGGAGUAACUCAGCGGCUCAGGCAGCAUCUCUGGAGAGAAUAGGUGACGUUUCGGGUCUGAAGAAGGGUCUCCAGAGAUGCCGCUGAGUUACUCCAGCUUUUUGUGUCUAUAAACGAUUGAUUCGAAUCAGAAGCAAUAGUUUAGCAACACCCGUUGAAGCUAAAAUACAAACAGAAAACACUUCUGAAAAUCCAGUCUGAAGAAGGGUUUCGGCCCGAAACGUUGCCUAUUUCCUUCGCUCCAUAGAUGCUGCUGCACCCGCUGAGUUUCUCCAGCUUUUUUUGUGUAACAGAAAACACUUAACGGGUCAGACAGCAUUUAUGGAAAGAGAAGCAAAGCUAACGGUUCAGGUCCCAUGUCCCAGGCAGAUAUACAGCUUUCUAAAGAGACGAAGUGCUGGAUAAAUUCAGGGGGGGGGGUCAGGCGGCAUCCCUGGUGAUCAUGGACCCUUCUUCAGACUGGGUGCAGACCCGGAAUGUAACCUGCCCACGUUCUCCCAGAGAUGCUCAAACCACCUGAAUUUAUCCAUGUUUUCAGUUUUUUGUAAAGCAGCAUGUUGCAGUUCCUUGUUUCUGCGGCGUUCUGGUGCUCGUUUCCCCUCUGUCUCAUCUGUUAUUUAGCGACGAAUGGCUGCUCGACCCAAUCAGAGCGGCGGCUGAUGCGCCACUUCCACAGAGCGGGCCAAUCAAUGUAUUAAUAUUCAUUCAUUCCAUUGAUUGUAUCCGGUCAAAAUAAGGUGUAAAUAAAGUUGAGGUAACGGAGCACCGGUCAUCACCGCCGUCAGGUAUAAAUGACGAGAAGGACAUUCUUAGAAAAUACAACCGGUGGGAUUCACAGCCAAGAAGCAAAAAUGCAGCAGAACACUGAAGACUCAGCCAUCACAGCAGUGGUAACCUCACUGAAGAACUGUGGAAUUGGAGCUACAUCCAGUUGUCUUGCUACAGUUCUGACAUUCCCAAUCCACAAAACAAUCUUUCGACAGCAAAUCCAUGGCAUCAUUGUCCGAAAAGCAUUUGCUCAGCUGCGUCAGGAAGGCCUCCGCAGGUUUUACAGGGGACUUCUCCCUCCACUCCUGGCUAAAACAAUCCAAGGCACAUUGUUGUUUGGCACCUACGACAGCAUAAUUGGAAGCCUGAUGUCUGAGAAUACAAAUGUGUAUCGUCGUUGCAUUGCAGGAUCAUUAUCUGGAGCUGUGGAAGCCUUGGUGCUGACCCCAUUUGAACGUGUCCAAAAUAUCCUCCAAGACCACAGGAAAGAAGCAAAACUUCCCACUAUCCAAAGCAUUUUUAAGCAGUUCAAUUCCUAUAGCUUCCAAGAUAAGUUGCAACUUGGGUAUUACAGAGGCUUUCUCCCUGUUCUGUUGAGGAAUGGAAUAGGCAGUGCACUUUAUUUCUCAUUGAAGGACCCAAUUAAGAACGUACUCUUGAAAAAAGAUAUUCCCAGUGGGAUUUCUGCAUUUAUCUCUGGGAGUUUCAAUGGCAUGGUGGUGUGUUUCAUUUUAUACCCGCUCAGUGCGGUGAUUGCAAAUAUGCAGUCUCAGAUUGGCAAGGAGAAAAUUAACCUUAAGAAUUUUGUUAAAAACUUCUGGGCAUCUCGUGCCAAAAGUUUCUUGUAUGUUUACAGGGGUGGAUCCCUGAUUAUGCUGAGGUCCUGCAUAACAUGGGGAUUAACCACUGUUAUUCAUGAUUUUUUAAAACAAAUGCAAUCCUAAAAAGUAGAGAAUGUUAUACUUCACUUAUGCAGAUGAUACCAAGUUAGGACUAAAUUGGAAACAGAAAAUUACAAUGAUGUUCAGAAAUAUUUCAUCCAAAAUUUGAAUGGGCAAAAACUGAUGGCCGAUGCAUGGAUGAUUUUAAUCAGAUAUACGAAGACAGAUGUGGACACAAAAUGGUUCUAAUUUAUCUGCAACAUAAAAUUGUAAAACAAGUUAACAGCACCAGAAUAACAAAUACAUUUAUAUUCUGAGAUAUCAGAAUGAUGGACAAAAAUUGAUGCAUCAAGAUUUCCUGAUGUCCCUUUCUUAUCCUUGGCUCUAUUGUAGACCUGUUCCUUAGGAAUACAGGUUGAUUUUCCAUCACAAAAUAAACAGGAUGAACUUGAAUUUCUGUGGGCAGCCAAGUUUAAGGAGAGUACAUCAUAGUCAAAGGAUUUAGUGAAGUUGGAAAGGACGAUGCACAAUGGUGCGUGCUGCUUCCUGCAUUUCUCUUGUUAUCUCCCAACAAUGUAUUCUACCUCGCUUACUCUUCAACUCCCUGCUGAUUUCCCUGUCACUCACCUAUACUAAGAAUAGUUACAGUAGCAAGUGAACCUACCAGCACAUCUUUGGGAUGUGAGAGGAAGCCAGAGGGGAACCCAUGUGGUCAGCUGGAGAAUUGCAACCUCCAUACAGACACCUCCUGAAACUGGGAUCGUAACCAGGUCACCAGGGCUGUGCAGAAGCAGCACUAAAUGCAGUCGAUGAGGCUUCUUUAUGUUGAAAGUGCUAAUUCCUUAGCUUGAACAAUGUCUUAAAGGCAUGUACAUCAAUUACAGAAUCUCCCAUCACGUAGCACAACAUAGUGUAAAAUAUACAAACAGAUUAUUCCCAUUUUCACCACAGCACAGGCAUACUGUAUCACUUACUUCUAGAACCAUACAUCCAAUAGCAACUUUUGGCUCCAUGCAACCCAAUCAGGCUAGAGAUUGAUCUUCAUAUAACCAGGCAAGCUUUUAUAAACAUUGGCUCAGCUAUUCCUUGCAAGCUUAAAUUCCCACUUUUACUUUUGAUGCAAAGGUCCGCAUUUGAAAAUGCUUCUGCAAGGCUGCUGCCAGCUUUAUACAUAACCAGUUAUAGCUUAGGGUGUAGUCAACUCUUUCCAAUGAUUCCUGUGGAUCAAUAUUGCUAGACCUUCGAGAAAUCAUACACCUUUGGUUUUACCUUGCAAUUGUAUGUUGGCAAUGCCACAGAGAGCAUGACAUUAACAAUCAGGCCACUGAUACCUGAAAUGUGUUUAAAUACUUCUUCAGCCUAGCACUUUCUUCCUUCAAGUGAAGAAUCUCUAAAGCAAAUACUUUGGUGCCUAUAGCAAGAUCAGAUAUGAAUAUUAGCAGCAGAAAAGAAGCAGCCCAUUCAUUUCCUAUGCUUCGCUCUGUAUCUGAAUAUUUAUUUCACUCAGUCAGAUCAUAUUAUUUGCUCUCAAGUACAUCAUUGACAUUAGAAAUUCAGAGAAACUAUGAGAUAAACUAAACAAAAAAUAUCAAUAAUUUCAAGGAAUAUGCUUUUAAGUUAUAUGCUCAAAGGUUAUGGGGAGAAGCCUGGAGUAUGGGGUUGAAAAGGAAAAAUAGAUCAGCCACGACAGAGUAGACAAUGGGCUGAAUGGUCUAAUUCUAUUCAAAUGUCUUAUGGGUCUAAGUGCCUUUUCUGAUACCAUUGCAAUGUGGACAUAUAUACCUAACUGCUCUGUAUAGGAAAGAACUGCAGAUACUGGUUUAAUUCAAGCUGUGGAAUCCCCUACUCAGGGCUAUGAGAGACGCCCACUCAGUUGACAUUUUUAAACGGCAGCUAAAAACGUAUCUUUUUAAUCAAGCUUUUAACUGAUUUUACUUCCUUUGUCCUUUUACACUCUCAAUUUUAUAUUUUAUAUUUUUGUAUAAAUCUGUUUUUUAUUAACUGCAUAUGUUCUUACUGUUUUAAAUUGUAUUUUUGUUUAAACCUGUGCUUAUGAGGAAAGCACCUUAGGUUGCAUUCAAUUAUAUGAAAAGUACUAUACAAAUAAAGUUAUUAUUAGACACAAAAGACACAAAAUGCUGGAGUAACUUGUUAACCUAGUAUAAUUUACAAGAAAACUUCCACCACCAGGGCAAAACCUGGGGCGCUGCCAUCAGUCAUUAAUUCAUUCAUGCCACUGCCCACUGGUCGGUCUUCUCCAAGAUCUGUGCAAGGCAUUCAUUGAUGCUGGAAUUCCACUGUGGAAAUUUGAAAACGAAUCUCUCAGAGGUUUUAUAGAAAAAUACACAGAGGAACAUAUACCAUGCGAGUCACCAUUACAAAAAAAUGUUGACAGCAACUUCAACAUUGUUGUGCAGAAAAUUAAGAGAUGAAGUUGCAUGCAACAAAAAAUAGAUCUCAGUAGACGAGAUAACCGAUGCUGUGGGGAGAUACGUUACCAAUGUGGUCAUCGGUACACUGGAGGCAGGUCAACCAUCAAAGGAGUAUUUGUUGACAUCGGAAGUAUUGGAGAAGUCAAACAGCUCAACUAUUGCUUAGUUGUUUACAUCUUCACUUGCUGUACUUUAGCCAGAAGACAUAAAACACGAGCAUGUUCUUCUGUUUAUGACCUAAAGUUUUAUUCCCCAAAAUGUUGCAUUUGACAUGCUUAGCUCAAGGACCAUAGAAUUACCAGGCACAUAUGUAGCUUGUUUCCAAAUGUCGAUCGCCUAGUUCCCAAUGUCAAGAAAAUCUUCCUCAAAGCACCGUCACGUGUACAGUUGUUCAAGGUAAUGGCACCAGAGAUUCCGCUACCUCCUCAGCCCGUUUUGACUAUGUGGGGUACAUUACUCUCUGCUGUACUCUACUAUGCUGCAAAUUUUGAAAAGAUAAAAUAAAUCAUCAACUGUUUUGAAGAAGAAUCUGCUGCAGUCACGAUCGUCAGUGAUAU